AUGGAACACCAGAAACACAAACUGGUGUUGGAUGAGGAGGAGGAAGAGGAAGUGCCGUCUCUCCAAAGCAGGCAGUCUCAGCUUCACAGCAGCAACAACAGCAACAGCAACAGCAACAAUAGCACUGCUUCAGAUACCACUACUCUGCUUGUCAAUAUUUCUUCCACCAAUGGUAAUGGUAAUGGUAAUGGUAAAGGUAAUGAAAAUGGUAGCCUUAUUAGGAGCAGCAGCAGCAGCAGCAGCAGCAGCAGCAGCAAUAGCAGUAUUAAUGACGACUCGGAGACUCCUAAAAUAGGAGUAUCAUCACCGUGUGGAUCUCCACAUAAACCCAGCGUGGAUGAGCAGAGAGCCCACAACCUAAACAGCGUUUACUUUGACCAACACCAUGGUCCUAAUUCCAUUGAUGGCGUUUCUGACGUGAACUGUAGUGGGGUUACAUGCUCUGUUUUUGAGACAAGUCCCGGAGAUGUGGAAGUCCUUGUAAAGAAUUCUGAGAUUCAGAAAAGUCUGAUCAAGGAUGUCAACCUUCAAUUAAGGGAAAAUUCGGACAAUGAAGGGCUUUCUGGUUCAAGUCUUACACCUUUAAAAGAUACAUUUGAAGAACGCAAUUUUAAAUCAAAAUCUUCUGGCAGUGAAACUAGAGUAGCUGGAGAGUUGGACUUGAUAGAAGAAAUAGACCAGGAAGUGACAGAAUUAGACAUUGAGAAGGUGUUAGAGAAGCAGAAUACUCAUGAUUUGUAUUGCCCUAACUGUAACUCCUGUAUUACCAGAAAGGUUAUCCUUCGCAGAAGAACACGGAAGAUUCGAAAAGCAUGCCGUAAACCAAAGCAUGCUAAAGCUGAUGCAAUUCUUCCCUCCGAGUUGGAUGCCAAUUUUAUCUAUUCAGAUGCCAAUUCUGCUGAUUCAGCUGAUGGUCCAGGCCAUGAUACAGCUAAUAUUUGUUCAAAUGAUUGCCCAACACCUGCAGUCGAUGACAACAAUUGUGAUGGCCAUAUCUGCUCUGCAAAUUUAACACUUUUGUUGAAUUAUACAGGAAAUGGUUUUAAAUUGUUUCGGGUAUCAUCCACUGAGAAUGAAAAUGUCCAAGAUUCUCAGAAAUCAACAGCCAACACAAAUUGGUUCUUCUCUAUUUUUGGAACUCAUAAGAGGAAAACAACCACUGAGCAAGGUAAUGCUGCAGUGGACCCUGCUCAAGUCGAUGGAACAAAUCAGGAUACCACGCCAAGCUUUUCUAACAAUGUUACAUCCUCAAAUGGAAGUGAUCGUUCAGUAAUGCCACAUGCUGAUAGAACUAUGGUUAACACUAGAGAACAUCCAGAUGGUUCUGAUUCUAAGCCUCACCAAAGUGGAACGGAAUCUCUGAAUCCUUCAUUAAUGGAGCCUUUAUUGCUUAAUAAUAAAUCACCAGGAGUAGACAUCAGGUCCAAUUUUGAAGAUAAAGCAAUUAAUGCUCUGGAAAACAAAAAUAUAGGUAUGCACAAGACUUGGGGGUCUUGA